CUUCUUGGUGCGUCGGGUAUCCGUCUCUAAAGCACAACUGGACCGAUGCUAAUCCGCAGCGCAGCAUAUCCUUCUGUUAACAUCAUCAUCACCCGUCAGCUCCUCACGAUGACACCCACCGUCGUAAACAUGCCUCUCGACAUCAUUCACGUGCCAGAUGCCACUUUACAGGUGGAGAACAGCGGUCAACCAGCUGUCGUGUAUGAGUGCAAAUUACAGGGGACCCCCUGCGGAAUGUUUGUACAGGGAACGACCAACGCAGUGUCCGCCCACUUGCGUGGACAUGGCAUCACUGGUCCGGACAGCGCCAGCAUAAGUUGCACAUGGAAUGGCUGCUCCAUGAUUAUCACGAGGGGAUGUAUGGCUAGACAUAUCCUUACUCACCUUGGUGUCAAGGUCCGCUGCACUGUGUGUGGAGUUGUGAAGUGUCGUCGCGACAUCCUUCGCGCACAUAUGAAAUCCUCAGAGCCAUGUCAUUUCGCGUCUGUCGAAGUCGUCCAUGGACCGGAAGGGCAUGCCCUUUUCCCUACAGGUUGGACUGCUACCCAUGAGGUCGAAGGGACGGAGAUAAUGCCGAUGCUGUGAUAACCGUGGCGUCAACGCUAUGUGCCCGGGGGUGAUUGAAUUGUGGCUUA